GAUCUGCCCCAGCCCCGAGUUUUGGUUCAGCUACUUCUUCUCAUGGAAGCUGACAGAUUGUUUUUCUUUCCUGACCUUUAAUCUGGCAUUUUUGUUCUGCGGAAUGGCUCCAAUGUCGGUUCCCUCUCUGCUGUUCUCGUAGGGCUACCACAGGGAUAGCACUUUUACACUUCCACGUGGUCAUCCAAGGUGUGUUGGGGUCUGAAAAAAUUGAUUAGACAUCAGAUGCUAACGGAGGAAGAUGCUUCACGUCUCCAGAUUCUAUGAAAUGAUUUAACGGAAUUAUUCCCCUAACUCAGCGCUCCGGAGAGGGUAUGGCACCUUUUCCCCAGACAUCCUCUUUCUGAAUGGAUGGAGAAUCCACCCCAACCCUGACCUGACUGCACCCUGGACGUUGAGAUGGCUUUUCUCAUCCUCUUCCUCUUUGCUCUUCUAUAUGUUGCAGCUAGACCAGCAUUCACCAUUCAAUGCCGAACUUGUACAGGUGUAAAUAUUGAGUGUACUGGCACCCUCACCACGUGCAGCUCUGAGUACGACACCUGUCACUUAAUUUUCACUGAAGCAACACUGUCCGGAAAGACGCUGAAAACCACACGAAGAUCAUGUACAACACAAAAGAGCUGCAUUCCUGGGGAUAUAUUUAUGCAUCUUGCAAAUGGAUAUCAAGAGACAGGGCAAAGCCUUUGCUGUACAACGGACGACUGCAACGCAGCAAAUUUUACAGUGCCGGCCUGGAAUGAAAUUCUGAAUGGGAAGCAGUGCCCUUCCUGUAGUGCUGAGAGCCCCAAUACGUGCCAACAAGAGACCAUUAAUUGCAUGGGAUCAGAAGACCGGUGCUUCACCAGGGAAAUUGGUUCCACCAUCCAGAAGGGCUGUGCCACCAGAUCUUUCUGUGCCAAUAGUUUUGCAAUUACCUUUUCUGAAAGCCUGAUCCUGUCUUCUCAAACAAUACAGUGUGGAAAUGAAGAUGUGCCAGGAAUAACAAAUACAGCUCCGGAAUCAAGAUGGCUUUGCCUCCAAAUCUUUUCUGGGUUUCUGAUAGCAAAGCCUUUCUUACAAUGUUUUUUUUAAUGUGUACAAUCAUGAGAACCUCACACAGAUAUUUUCUGCUUCUUAUCUUAUUCCCUCCAGAUUAGACUACUGUAACUCACUCUAUGCGGCCUUGCCUUUAGCCAUGAUCCGGAAAUUAAAACUCAUUCAGAAUGCAGCAGCCAGGCUGCUUACUAGCAGUUCGA